AUGGAUUUUGAAGAUUUACUGCAAGCUUCAGGUUCUCCAGACACAACGUGCGUACCAUCGUCGCCAAUUUCGUACAUAAAAGACGAGAAACUAGAUAAAUGUCACGUCGAGAAACUUUCUAGCAAUGAAGAUGUAGACUUAUCUGAAAAAACUAUUCGAUUUCUUAAACUACAGAUGAAUGCAAAGGGAAUUAUCGACGCGUUUGAACGCGAUUCUUUACAAAGUUCAUUGGAAAUUAAGAAUUUAAAACUACAAUUGGAAGAGGAACGAAGGUUAAACGAACAAUUUAGAAUGACUACGGUGAUUAAACUUCAAAAUACAAAUGAACAGCUAAAAAGUGAAAACCAGCAUAUCCUAAACCAAAAUGAAGAAUUACUGGUCAUGAAAAAAGAACAUGAAACGAGACAUGAAUUACUAAAACAAGAUAUGAAAGCGCUCAAAGAAAAUUAUAAGGCAUCUUUCGUGCGAAUCGGGAAUUUGGAGCAUGAAAAUUCUAAUCUGAAAACUUCACUGUGUAAUCAAAGUAGGGAAGCCAGGCAGAGGUCUAAAGUUGAACCGGAAUCUCCCAAAGAUUGGAAAGAACAGUUCAAAGAGAAAAUUAAAACAAAACGGUCCUUAGGUCAUCAGCAUUUCCGAGUACGCGAUGUCAACACACCAGAAGACUCCCAACGAGAAAGGAAAAGAGAAAGAGAGGGAGAACAUGUAGAGUCUCGCAGAAUCAACAGUCAAACAGACACAUUCUCCCCAAGGGUUAUAGAAACACGAUCUCGAAUCCUCCGACUUCAGGAGUCAUUUUCAGAUUUGGAAACUCAGCAUGACUCUUUCCGGAAUAUUUGCGAUUCCUUAAGAGAAAAGCUAAAAGUAGACUCUAGUAAAACGAAGCAAAGGCUCUUGAAACUGGAAAAUCUUCUUCAGAAUCGCUCUCCUCCAUCUUACACAUUUUCUUUAAGUUGCACACAUCAGCUUCCGCACGAUUCGAGAACAGAACCGUUCACUAAAACAAAACAUGAAUCUCAUAAUGAAGUAUUCACUCCAAUCUCCCUGCCUUUCGACGCCUCAUAA